CAGAGAUUGUGGCAGCACUCAGAAUGACGUCAAUACUGAUGAUGUGAUAAUGGGCAACGACCUCACUGUUAAACACAAGGUCCUGCUGCCUUCAGCCAUAAAUUCAAAAGGGGGAGGGGAAGGGAAAGGACAAUGCAGCACUUUGGCUCUGGUAUCUGCGUUUCCACAGCAACACAUAUUAAAUUACGCAGAGGCUUACAGGUGGUGGACUUUAAACAGAGGUGGAGGGACAGGUGACGUGGGCAACAUAAAACUCUCCUUCCUGGAAAGAGCCAAACCAACUGCAAAAAUGGCAAAAUUCUUCAAACAAGUUCAAAUCAAUGAAUUCAAGGAGUGCUUCUCCUUGUAUGACAAGAAGCAGAAGGGCAAGAUCGAAGCCAAAGACCUGAUUACAGUAAUGCGCUGCCUGGGCACAAGCCCCACGUUUGGUGAAAUUGACAGACAUCUACAAGCUCACAAAAUCGAUAAGAAAGGGGAGCUGGACUUCUCUAUGUUUCUGACAAUGAUGCACAGACAGAUGCAACAGGAAGACCCCAAGACAGAAAUCCUGGAGGCCUUGAGGAUGACAGACAAACAGAAGAAAGGAUACAUCCAGGCCUCUGAGCUCCGGGCCAAGCUCACCAAGUUAGGAGAGAAACUCACAAACAAAGAAGUGGAUGAGCUCUUCAAAGAGGCAAACGUCAAGUCAAACGGGACCGUCAACUAUGAAGAGUUCACCCAGAUGGUGACACUGCCACCUGUCGAUUACUGAUCUUUCAAGGAAAGAACUUCAGAACAACAGCCAUGAUGGGGAACUGACUUGACAUACACCGCACAUGACUGAACACGUUGUAAAGCAUUGCGGUUGUACUGUUUUGUAACUGUAUGUAACCGGUUUGGCGUGUCAUUCUUUGACGGGAUAAAAUUAAAUUGUCUGUACACACUUUGUCAACCCUGCCCCCCCAAGUCCAACAAAUUAGUUAGAAUUUAUAUAAGCAAGUUUUAAUUUAGUUUUAUUUUGUAGUAUAAAGCACAGUGUAUAAAUAUCCAUAUGUAAUAAGACAUUAAUGAUUAAUAAAAGAAUAACAUUUUGUCCAAAA